GACGGCGCGGCGGAGGGGGCCCCGGCCCGGGCACCGGCAGCGUCCCCGGGACCAUGGAGCCCGGCGAGGUGAAGGACCGCAUCCUGGAGAACAUCUCUCUGUCGGUGAAGAAGUUGCAGAGUUAUUUUGCUGCCUGUGAAGACGAGACCCCGGCCAUCCGAAAUCACGAUAAGGUCCUGCAGCGUCUCUGUGAGCACUUGGACCACGCUCUGCUUUAUGGGUUGCAGGAUCUCUCCUCUGGCUACUGGGUCCUGGUGGUGCACUUCACCCGAAAGGAAGCCAUCCAACAGAUUGAGGUGUUGCAGCAUGUGACCACCAAGCUGGGGCGCAGCCGGGCCUGGCUGUACCUGGCCCUCAACGAAAACUCCUUGGAGAGCUACCUGCGGCUGUUCCAGGAGAAUCUGAGCCUCCUGCACAAAUACUAUGUCAAGAAUGCUCUGGUCUGUAGCCAUGACCAUCUGACACUCUUCCUGACCCUGGUAUCUGGGCUGGAGUUCAUCCGAUUUGACUUGGAUCUGGAUGCUCCGUAUUUAGAUCUGGCUCCCUACAUGCCCGAUUACUAUAAACCUCAAUAUCUGUUGGACUUUGAAGACCGCCUGCCUAGUUCAGUUCAUGGCUCAGACAGCCUGUCUCUCAACUCCUUCAACUCAGUCACCUCCACCAACCUGGAAUGGGAUGACAGCGCCAUUGCACCAUCUAGUGAGGAUUAUGAUUUUGGAGAUGUGUUUCCAGCAAUACCGUCUGUCCCCAGCACAGACUGGGAAGAUGGAGACCUCACGGACACCGUCAGCUGCCCCCGCUCGACUGCCUCGGACCUGACCAGUGGCAAGGCCUCCACGAAGAGCCCCACGCCACGCUACAACCCCUUCAAUGAGGACCGGGCGGAGGGUGUGUCCUCCUCCGAUACCACCCCUGUGCACACCUUCUCUCAGGAGAAGGGAGAGGCCAGGGCCCUGGACCUGCAAGAGGCUAGCACAGAGCUGGAGGUGAUCAGGGUCACCAAGAAGAAGAAAACAGGGAAGAAGAAAAAGGCCAGAUCAGAAGAAGAGUCCAGCCCCCUCCACCCUACCUUGGCCCAUCCAAAAGGUGCCAAGCAAGGGAGUGGCGACAGCUUCAUUAAUGGCCCUGAGCCCAGAGCGGACGCUCCGAGCACUGCCCCGACCUCCCCCCAGGAGGGGGGUGAGGGCCCAGGCAGCACAGCAGAGAGCAGUGACCGUUCGGAGCUGAGUCAGAUGGGCCUACGCAUCCCCGAGAUGAAGGACACCUCCAUGGAAAGUGUGGGCCAGCCCCUGAGCAAGGUCAUCGACCAGCUCAAUGGGCAGCUGGACCCCAGCGGCUGGCCCUCCCACGUUGAACUGGCAGACCGGUCCUUUCGGACCGGCUCUCCCGGGGACGCCCCGGAAAGGCCGCCAUUUUGCAACUUUAGCGAAGGGAUUCCGGCCCCAAUGGACUUCUACCGCUUUACCGUUGAGAGUCCAAACGCUGUUACAUCAAGUAGUGGCAACCAUGACCUUGCAGGGCCUGGCCAACCGUUACAUGUUCCUGGUAGCACUGAGGCUGCUGGCCAAGAAGAAGGAGGAAGAGAAGGAAGAGGAGAAGAAGACAGACAAACAUCUGUGCCUGUAGCAGGCCCCCAGAAAGAACCCUUGGACACACCCUUAGAACCUGUGUCAGCCAGAGAGUGCCCCGUGUCCAAGCUGGAGCCUGGAACCCAGGGCACCAUCAAGAGAGACCAGCCCAGCCCGGGUGUGAGUAGCGCAGAGGACUCCGGAGUGGACGAGGGCCAGGGGAGCCCUUUGGAAAUGAGCCACCCGUCUGAGUUCAGAGUUGACAACAACCACUUACUCCUCUUAAUGAUUCACGUCUUUCGGGAGAAUGAAGAGCAGCUCUUUAGGAUGAUCCGUAUGAGCACAGGACACAUGGAAGGAAACCUCCAGCUCUUGUACGUGCUGUUGACUGACUGUUAUAUCUACCUGCUCCGGAAAGGGGCCACGGAGAAGCCAUACCUGGUAGAAGAGGCCAUCUCCUACAAUGAACUGGACUAUGUCUCGGUUGGCCUGGAUCAGCAGACAGUGAGGCUGGUUUGCACCAACCGAAGGAAGCAGUUUCUUCUCGACACAGCCGACGUGACCCUGGCUGAGUUUUUCUUGGUCUCUCUCAAGUCGGCAAUGAUCAAAGGCUGCCGGGAGCCCCCCUACCCCAGCGUCCUGACCGACGCCACCAUGGAGAAGCUGGCACUGGCCAAGUUUGUGGCCCAGGAAUCGAAAUGUGAGGCAUCAGCAGUCACUGUGCGUUUCUAUGGGCUGGUGCACUGGGAGGACCCUUCAGAUGAGACGCCGGGCCCUGCCCCCUGCCACUAUUCCUCAGUGGAGAACGCGGUCACCAAAGAAGGGAUGCUGCACUAUAAGGCCGGCACCUCAUACCUGGGCAAGGAGCACUGGAAGUCCUGCUUCGUGGUCCUCAGCAAUGGGAUCCUCUAUCAGUAUCCUGACCGCACCGACGUCAUCCCUCUGCUCUCUGUGAACAUGGGGGGGGAGCAAUGUGGCGGCUGCCGGAGGUCCAACACCACAGAUCGGCCCCACGCCUUCCAGGUGAUCCUCACUGACCGGCCUUCCCUGGAGCUGAGUGCCACCGACGAGACAGAGAUGGCCGAUUGGAUGCAGCAUCUCUGCCAAGCUGUUUCUAAAGGAGUCAUCCCCCAGGGCGUUGCCCCCAGCCCGUGCCUCCCCUGCUGCCUGGUGAUCACCGAUGACCGGCUCUUCACGUGCCACGAGGACUGUCAGACCAGCUUUUUCCGCUCACUGGGCACGGCAGAGCUGGCCAACAUCACCGCCGUCUCCACCGAGCCUGGCAAGGAGUACUGCGUCCUGGAGUUCUCCCAGGACCGGCAGCAGCUUCUCCCGCCCUGGGUCAUAUAUCUGAGUUGCACUACAGAACUGGACCGAUUCCUGUCUGCACUGAGCUCUGUCUGGAGAGCUGUCUGCCAGGUAGAACUCCCGCACAAGGCAAUCCAGGAAACCUCCAACAAGAAGAAGUUCGAGGAUGCUCUGAGCCUCAUCCACAGUGCCUGGCAGAGGAGCGAUAGCUUGUACCGUGGCCGAGCCUCUCGGGACCCCUGGUGCUGAGGCUAGAACUGGCCUGUGCCCCUGACUCUGACUCCUCCCAAAGGGGAGCAGCCGGCGGGAGAGACCCCGCGCUGAUCACCUCGUCAGUCAUCAGCUGCUCCCAGAGGGGCCCCCUGACUCCAGUCUACUCCCUUCUCUGAGGGGAGGAGUGAUGCCAGCCCCCUUCGGCCGAGACAGGGUCUUCUGGACGUUUCCUGGGGCUGUGUUCCAGGCCCCCAUCUUUUGAGGACGGGGCAGAGACAGAGAGUGAGCCCUGUGGGCUCUGCAGCUGCCCUCCCCCCUUCCUGGGCCCCGAUUGGGGGGUGCCCUGCUGGCUUCAAGCCGAUGAUGCUGAUGACAAUAACAAUAAUAAUAAUAAUAAUAUACAGAUAUCCUCUAAAAGGUUCGUGCCGGGCUGGCUGGAGGUGCUGUCUCUGCUUUUGGGCUUCAGGCAGUGGCCGGGAGUGGGGGCGCGGGUGCAUCGCAGGAGCCCUCCUUCCCAGCACCUGAACACUUCCCCUGUAAAUGCUGUGAGUCUGCCGCAGAGGGGAGCUUGCGUGCAUGUCUUCAUCUCUUCUCCGCUUCAUCCCAAAGUGCUGGGCGGAGCGUGGGUGGGUGCCUUCUCUGGAUGCCUGGCGUCAGUCUCACACAACUGCCCCCCUUCCCCCGGUGAGCAGGGUCAUAGAAGAUACCCAUGCGCCAGGAGGGGAAGGCUGGAGGAUUGGGGGUCUGGACGAGAGGGAUGCAUCCAUCCCCGCCUCCAUCCUUGAUCUUAUCUCCUCCACUAGGAAAGGAUUAAGGGCGACAUAGGGCAAAGGGGUCUGGAAAAGGGCCCUGGGGAAGAGGGGGCCACCCUUCUCUACCGCCAUGCCAGCCGCAGGAACUUACAGGAAAAGCCACAGCUCCCCCUCCCCUCGGGGUGGGGGGAAUGGGAAAGGUUUGGGUAUUUUUUUUU